CAAACUUAUCUACAGUUAUAUAAAGAAUAUCAAUGGUUGCCUGGGGGGAUUUUUAGUGGUAAAGGGAGGACAGAUUACAGAAGGAACAUGAGAAAACUUUUGGGCUGAUGGAAUGGGUUAUUAUCUUGAUUGAGAUAGCUCCACAGGAGAAUAUAGGCAUCAAAAUUUAUCAAAUGGUACAACUGAACUAUGGGCAGUUUAUUAUAUACCAAUUACAACUGAAUAAAGUGGAAAACUUAAGUAAAGGUCUUCUGAGUUGAAUAUUAUUUUCAAGUUUUCAACUUUUAUUUCUUCAGUAGGCUUCUAUAAAAUAAAAGUCUGGUGAGCUUAAGGAAAUACAGUAGUUCUCUUCUCCCAAUUUAAUUUUGGGCAAAAUAAUAGAAAUGUAUGGAGUUUUAGGACAUUCCCAAAUAGUAAUAAACUACAGAUUAAUCUGUAAUAGGGCAAGAGGAGGAGAAACAGAGAACUUCUGGACUAGAGGUGUGACAAGUGGUGGGUGGGAAGAGCAGGAAAGGAAACCAAGAAUAAAAUCUGAAAGGAUACCUGGCCAGGGGUGAUGACAAAACUGUGCCAUCACAUCUUGACCCACACGUGUAUAGAUUCGCUAAGGCAAGUGGCUCCAAGUGGGUUAAAAUGUUACAACUUAUGGCAGGUCCUCACUCGGGAAAAUUGUUCCUCCCUGAGUUAGUCCUACCAGCUGCAAACUCCGUGGUAGGCGCACUCAAUGAAGACGGACAGGGUACCUCCCUCUACUCCCCUAAUUUGCAGUAGGGUGCAUCCCUUCCCGUUCUCGGUCGCCCCUGGUGGCCAGCACCCGGGACCUGCGGGCGCACGGGCGAGGCUGGCGGAAAGGUGCGGGCAAUAAAGGUCCCUGACAUGGAGGUGUUGCCGCCGGGAUUCUGGGUGACCUCCGGAUUUCAGGACAGAACUUACAUGCAUUUGGAAAGGAGGGGGCGCAGACGAGCUCUGACUGGAGAAGAACGGUCACCAUUAGACCUCCACGUUCUGAAGAAAUGGGGGAAGAAUUCGGAAACUAGGUGGGUCCGGUCAUGGUCUAAACCAGCUAUUUCUAAACGAGGAUUAUCAUCGUCUCAGAAUUGCAUCAGAGAUUUUUCAAACCACAUAUGGGCACUCCUGACAUUCCAGUUUGCUUCCCGACCAGGGAAUAAAAAUCUUCUUGACAGAGACACAUUUUCUAAAUCUGAUCCAAUUUGUGUCUUAUAUAUACAAGGAGUCGGAAAUAAAGAAUGGAGAGAGUUUGGAAGGACUGAAGUAAUUGAUAAUACACUCAACCCGGAUUUUGUAAGAAAGUUUAUUCUGGACUACUUUUUUGAAGAAAGAGAGAAUCUUCGUUUUGACUUGUACGAUGUUGAUUCAAAGAGCCCCAACUUGUCCAAACAUGACUUUCUGGGACAAGUGUUUUGUACAUUGGGGGAGAUUGUUGGUUCACAGGGAAGCCGCCUGGAAAAGCCAAUAGUAGGAAUUCCAGGGAAGAAAUGUGGCACUAUCAUACUUACAGCAGAGGAACUAAACUGUUGCAGGGAUGCUGUUCUGAUGCAAUUUUGUGCUAACAAGUUGGACAAGAAGGACUUCUUUGGAAAAUCAGAUCCUUUCCUUGUGUUUUACCGAAGUAAUGAAGAUGGCAGUUUUACAAUUUGCCAUAAAACAGAAGUUGUCAAAAAUACUCUGAAUCCUGUAUGGCAAGCAUUCAAGAUAUCAGUCCGAGCAUUAUGUAAUGGCGAUUAUGACAGAACAAUCAAAGUACAGGUGUAUGACUGGGAUCGAGAUGGGAGUCAUGAUUUCAUUGGAGAGUUUACAACGAGCUACAGGGAACUUUCUCGAGGGCAGUCACAAUUCAAUGUGUAUGAGGUGGUGAAUCCCAAAAAGAAAGUAAAAAAGAAAAAAUACAUUAAUUCGGGAACAGUAACCUUACUCUCUUUCUUGGUAGAAACAGAAGUUUCAUUCCUUGACUAUAUUAAAGGAGGAACACAAAUCAAUUUCACAGUGGCUAUUGAUUUUACAGCAUCAAAUGGCAACCCUGCCCAGCCCACUUCUCUCCACUACAUGAAUCCUUACCAACUGAAUGCCUAUGGGAUGGCACUGAAAGCGGUGGGAGAAAUCGUUCAAGAUUAUGACAGUGAUAAAAUGUUCCCAGCUCUAGGUUUUGGUGCAAAACUGCCUCCAGAUGGAAGGAUAUCUCAUGAGUUUGCUUUGAGAGGAACUGUUUUAUUUUCUGUGGUGAUUUUUACCUACUUCUUGCCUUUCAGAUAUGCUUCUUCUGUAAAGGACGGCUCCCAGUAUUUUGUGCUCCUGAUUGUGACAGACGGUGUUAUCUCAGAUAUGGCUCAAACGAAGGAGUCUAUAGUUAACGCUUCAAAACUUCCAAUGUCAAUAAUUAUAGUUGGUGUUGGACCAGCAGAAUUUGAUGCAAUGAUUGAGUUGGAUGGAGAUGAUGUAAGAGUUUCCUCCAGAGGAAAAUAUGCCGAAAGGGACAUUGUGCAGUUUGUGCCUUUCAGGGAUUAUAUCGACAGAAGCGGAAACCACAUACUGAGCAUGGCUAGACUGGCUAAGGAUGUCCUAGCUGAGAUCCCUGAGCAGUUUCUCUCUUACAUGAGGGCCCGAGGAAUCAAGCCAUCGCCGGCGCCUCCCCCGUACACCCCACCUACACACGUGUUACAGACUCAGAUAUGACUGUGCUCCAAACGUUCGUGUUAACUACAUGUCAGUUGGAACUGCUGAGUCAGGCUUGGUCCUGGUGCUCUGUAAGGAACCAGGGAAUGGAACCGUUCUCCGCUUGGCUUCAGCAGUCCUGGUUAAUAGGCUUUCUGGGAUCCAAACUUAUUCUCUUCCUAAACCAAAACUGUAAAUAUGGUUGUUGCAUGAGCAACAGAAACAUUGUUUGAAUGCUUGAAGCAAAAUAUGGAUGUCUUCUCUGAAUCUUUACCUUUUUUUUUCUUUUUUUUUUUGGACAGAAACAGCUAAUUUCCAAUGUGUUGUUGGGAAAAAGCACAAACUCUGUUUUUAACUCAAAUAUUGUCCUCGACUGCUGUGUGUAUUGGGAAGCAGUCUCUCUGUAUCAAUGUUUACAUGUUCCUACUUUUUAAAUUUCAAUACUUUUAUAACUGUUCUUAAGAAUAAGAGUUUUGAAUAUUGAAUCCUUUGUCUUCUAAAUUGCAAUAGCUAUAAUUACAAGAGCAAUAUCUCUUUGAAUGACUGUCUGGACAAAUACAGUCGCAAACAAAGGAAAGGGAAGAUACGUUCAUAUUUCUUCCGUGAGUGAGUUGUUUUAUGAAGCUGCAUCUGCUCGGUAGUCAGUUCCUCUGCGUUGGCCAAGGAUGGGAGUUCAGCUUAGCAGGUGUGUAUCCUGUAAGAACAUGCAUUUUCCAUGGAGUUUGGGUUCUAAAUUUAGACUGCAGUCAGUUUAUGUUUUGUGCUGCUAAGUAGACAUCUUUAAAAAGUCAAAACGUUGUGAACUGUAAAUGCACAGAAAAUACUGUGUGUUUGUGUAAAAAGUAGCAUCUUUAUAUUAUAAUGCUAUUUAGAAAGACUAAAACCCAAAAUAUUUAACUGUGAACCAUGUAGCAGAAGUUUUAAAACUUUUUAUUCCACUAUAUCUUGUCUAGAUAUUUUAAUUCAAAGGGAUACUGUCUCUCUUUCUGGUUUCCUAUCACCUUUCCACGUUGCCACACAGGGUGCACAAGCUGGAAGUUUUUUUGUGAAAUUCCCAGUGAAAUAUACACAACCAUGUGACUUAGUGCACAACACAUUUGUGAAAUAACCUACUCCUAUAUACAAACCUGCCUGUCCGCAAUUAAUUGUGAAGAGUUUUUGCACGUACAGUUUUUACAAGAAUUACAGUUUUGUGAUGUUGUGUCCAAAUUAAAGCAUUUCUUUAGAACAAAUGGCCUUAAAUUCUCACAGAAUUCCUGGAAAUGAUUGUGAAUUGCCUUCAAAUAAUAGAAAAGUGUAUUUAUUUAUUUUUUCUUUUGUGUCAACAAUGUAACUGCUUUAUAACAUUUUUCCUUAUAUAUUUACUACUUGGUUUAUUUUUACUGUAUGUUGUUCUCUUUGUCCCAAGUUGACUUAGGGUGACUUUUAUAAGCAUGAAACUAUUUUACUGAAAAGAAAAAUAUAUACAUCCACAUAUCUAACAGUAUCAAUAUAAUAUAAUUAUGUAAUAUUAAAGUGUCCAUUUUUAAGUACGUAUUAAAAUCUUUAAAAGGAUAACUAUUUGCUCUGUAAAUUUUAUUCAUAAUGACAUGGAGUCGGAUGACUUCCUUCACUGAGCUUAAAUAUUUAUGCCAGUAUAGUUUAUUAACCUACAUAUUUUUUAUGUAUCUUCAUCAGUCCAAAAUAACAAAAAUAAAUGAAGUCAAUAUUA